AUGUCCUCAUUGGCGCCCAAUACACUUGCGUCUCUUUGCAGCAUUAAGUGUAGGGGGAGUCCGGGAGAGUCUAGCAGGUGGGAGACAAUAGCCGCUGCUCAUAGAAUAUUUGUGGCACGAGAUGUUACGACAUUGCCACACUUCUCAGACGUCAUAAGCACCUCCCACCCCGCUCACGUAGCGCCGUUACAAUCGGCAGUUUGGUUUGGAAGUAAGAAGUGGCAACACGUUUUCGUACCUGGAAAAGAAUGCCGUUCAACUAUAGAAAAAAACAAACAACUAGAAAGAGAAGCAAUUUAGAUCUGUCAGUAAUAAAAAAUGCUUUAGGUGACAUUGAUCAAGGAAAGUCUAUCCGAGGUGUUGCUUUGGAAUAUGGAAUUGACAGAAAUACCUUAAGAAAUUAUUUAAGAGACAGGUCUAAAUUGACUAAAAUAAGUGAACAAGGAAGCCAGUUUAAAACAUCUAUGAUAUUUACAAUCGAAGAAGAGAAGGCGCUUGUUGAAUAUCUUAUAGCUUGCAGCAAAAUGAAUUAUGGAUUAACCAGACAGGCGACUAUGCAGCUAGCAUAUGAAUAUGCAACAAUGAAUUCCGAAAAGGUUCCAGAUUGUUGGACUUCCAACAACUGCGCAGGAAAAGAUUGGUUCCGGGGAUUUAUGACAAGAAACCCUGAACUAAGUUUGAGAACCCCAGAAGCCACCAGUUUAUCCAGAUCAACCAGCUUCAAUAGAAAAAACGUUACUGAUUUCUUCGAGAACCUCAAAGAAGUUAGAGAAAAAUACCAAUUUGAAGCACAUAACAUCUAUAACUGUGAUGAAACAGGGUGUACGACUGUACAAGAGUGUCCCAAAGUAAUAGCGAGCAAGCAUAUGCGUCAAGUA